AUGGAAAUACAGAAUCCUAUCAGGUCCCCCCUUGCAUUGGGACCUACUGAGAAAGAGCAGGCGUCCUUUGACGCAUUACUGGAGCUCUGCCGCAGCCGGGGAUACCUUGACCACCCGGUAAGCCUCUCAAACGAAGACGUUCGGGAUGGUCUGAACGAUGAAACAACGUUUCUAUCCGCUCCUCAGUCGAUGCAACAGCCGCGUACGACACUAUCAGCAUCAAUGACUUUGAAAAUACCAAGAGCAUGGUACGUACGACCAGACCCAGCGACCCUUUAUCAAGAUGAGCAGAUGAGCAAUAAGAUGAAGAAAAUCUUGGAAACGAACGGGCGUGAAAGCGAAGCCAAGCUAAUCCUUCUCAAUCUCCGUCUACCGCAGUACCCUCACUGGUCCGGCCGACGGGACAAACGCGGCCUACCCAUUUGCAUCUUUGAUAUCGCCUCUCUCGACACAGUCACCACGACGAGCUACGGCAAGGACCGGCGCGACGGAGAGACGAUUGAUAUUGAGAAUAUCCCCACCCAGUAUGGCGGGAGACUCAACAUCAAGCCGGUGGAUUUUGCCACGCAACUUUGCCCUGUCAUUGCGCAAGCCAUCAAGUGGGAGGGAACACUCCGCGGCGAGAUCCCCGCUGGGCCUAUCAAGUUUGUUGUUGACGAGCAGGGUGGCAGGAGCAUCGUGGCCGUGGGAACCGCAACAGGUGGAAAGAUGAGGAAGGAACUGGUGGCCCGGAUUCCAUAA